AUGCGCACCCGCACCCUACAAGACGCAGCCUUGUUUUGCGUGCUGUCUGGCCCCCUGGCAGAGACGGACCAAAGGGCAAUGUUGUUGCAGGGUUUAUUAGUACUCAAUAGAAACAGACGCGAAGACGAAAUUACAAAUACGGCCCGCAAUCGGGAUCGCGCUCUUUCGAGUCUGGGGCCCAAGUCGCUGGAGUUGUGCGUUGGGGCUGUCACGCCCUACGGUGAUGGCGUCUGUUCGCAGUUCUCAAUCGGCGCGGUGGAGAAGAGCACUCCAAGCAGAUUGAGAGAAUCUCGCAACCAGGUCGUUAACAUUAUGAUGACUGCCCCAUACAGGUGA